AUUUCAGAUGAUUCGUUCAGAAAAAAAAAAUGUUUGGAAUUUGAAAAGAGAGAGGGAGAAGCGCAGAUCAGAAGAAGCCCUCCGACAGCUCGACGAUUCCGCGAGCGAGCCAGAGGCAAGAGGAGUGCGGUUGGCGUUCUGGGUUUCUCUCGUUCGGAGGAGAAGAAGCCGAUACUUGCCGGAUUGUGACGCGCUCGAUUGGAUUUGGACUCCGGAUCUUGGUUGUUUUUUUCCGCUCUCUGGGUCUUUUGAUAUUUUGUAUUGUUGAGAGAGAAUUUUGAAUGUCCGACGCUCUAAGGGUUUCGUUUCGGCCAUGACCACCAAGCGCGCCUACAAGCUCCAGGAAUUUGUGGCACAUUCUGCUGCUGUGAACUGUCUCAAAAUCGGGAGGAAGUCAUCGAGGGUUCUUGUAACAGGUGGGGAAGAUCACAAGGUCAAUCUCUGGGCUAUUGGUAAGCCCAACGCCAUUCUGAGCUUGUAUGGGCACUCAAGUGGAAUUGAUUCAGUCACUUUUGAUGCUUCGGAAGUCUUAGUAGCAGCAGGAGCUGCAAGUGGUACUAUCAAACUUUGGGAUUUGGAGGAGGCUAAGAUUGUAAGGACUCUCACUGGCCAUAGAUCUAAUUGCAUAUCGGUGGAUUUCCACCCUUUUGGUGAGUUCUUUGCCUCUGGAUCUCUUGACACAAAUCUCAAGAUAUGGGACAUAAGAAAGAAGGGUUGCAUCCAUACUUACAAGGGUCACACUCGAGGAGUCAAUGUACUCAGAUUCACCCCAGACGGCCGUUGGGUUGUAUCUGGUGGGGAGGACAAUAUUGUGAAGGUAUGGGAUCUGACAGCUGGAAAACUGUUGCAUGAUUUCAAGUGUCAUGAAGGCCAAAUUCAGUGCCUAGAUUUUCAUCCCCAUGAAUUUCUGCUGGCAACAGGUUCAGCUGAUCGGACCGUAAAAUUCUGGGACCUUGAAACAUUCGAGCUGAUUGGUUCUGCUGGACCUGAGACUACUGGGGUCCGUUGCUUGACAUUUAAUCCAGAUGGGAAGGCUGUGCUUUGUGGGCUGCAUGAAAGUCUCAAGAUUUUCUCUUGGGAGCCGAUUAGGUGUCAUGAUGGGGUGGAUGUUGGCUGGUCAAGAUUGUCAGAUCUGAAUUUUCAUGAGGGAAAGCUUCUUGGAUGCUCAUACAAUCAAAGUUGUGUAGGCGUAUGGGUUGUAGAUCUCUCGCGCACAGAGCCAUAUAUGGCUGGAGGCGUUACUCAACCAAACGAUGACUCGGAUAAAAAUUCUAGCUCAGUCAAAGAUCAAACGAUUCUGAGGGAUAACAGCUCAAAGGCUGUUCUCGGAAAGCUGUCUGUUUCGCAAAACACAGAUCCUUUGUUGAAGGAAACUAAGAUUCUUGGAAGAUUAUCGGUUUCUCAAAAUUCUGAUUCUUUGACAAAGGAAACAAAAUCUGCUGGAAGGUUAUCAAUAUCACAAAAUUCAGAUUCAUUGUUGAAGGAAACAAAGCCUCUUGGAAGGUUGUCAGUUUCUCAAAAUUCAGAUCCAGUUAAAGAGUCAAGAACUUCGACUUCCACAGGAAGUGGAUCAGGCACUCCUCAUAGUGUUGGUUUGAACAAUGCACUUAAGACUGCUUCUGGUGUUCCAGUUGCUGUUUCUACUGCUUCAACCUCAAAGAGGAAUUUUGCAAGAGCUAACACAGCAGUUAAUGCUCCUGUAAUGAACAAGUCUGAUUUUGUUCCGGUUAUCGUACCCAGAACAGAUCUUAGAGGUGAUCAGGCAACUGAAUCCAGGACAGAGCUCGACAUAAUUGGAAGGACCAUGCCAUAUUCGCUGCAGUCAAAAGCAGCUGAUUCGCGAAGGUUGCCAAGCAACAGAAAUGAGUCAGAUCUGCCAACCACAUCCACUCUUGAAAGGCCUGGAUCUCAGGCAACUGAUCCAAGCAAUACCUUGGAUGGGAAUGCAUUUUCUAGUGUCAGAGGUGGUACACAAGGUACAUCUGCUGCUGAGAGGAAACCUAAUGGUUAUAGAUAUAUGGGAUUUGGCAGGAGUGGUUCAAGAUCAUUGGUGGGAUCACCUCCAAGGAACCACGACGAAAACUAUGACUUAAUGGACUACAAAGCAAAUAGAGAUCCAGAUCCAUCUGAAAGUAAAAAAGGAGGAAAUAUGCAUUCCCUCAUCAUCAAUAGGGAGAGGAGAGGGAGAUUUUCCAACUUUGAGGGACCUGUUUCAAGUAUUUCUGGUGGAAAUGUGCCCGUCGCGAAUGUCCGCCCAUCCAAUUCGUUCAAGCAGAGAGGAAACCAUUUAUCACCUGCAGAAGGCAUCACUUCAGUUAGUGAAGAGGAUAUUGUUUCAGAUAUAAUGGAGCAACAUAAUCAAUUUGUCAGCUCUAUGCAGUCUCGUUUGGCUAAGUUACAGGUGGUUCGUAGACAUUGGGAAAGGAGUGACGUUAAAAACUCAAUAGAGGCGAUAGAAAAGAUGGCUGAUAACGCUGUCGUUGCGGAUGUAUUGAGUGUGGUAACCGAGAAAAAUGAUAUUUUAACAUUGGAUACCUGUACCUCUAUUCUUCCCCUUCUGACAGCUCUUUUGGGGAGCGAAAUGGAAAGGCAUUUGAGCGUGUCACUGGAUUUGCUGCUUAAGCUGGUCAGAAUGUACGGUUCACUGAUAUACUCAUCACUAUCAGCGCCAUCAUCGGUUGGUGUAGAUAUCGAAGCAGAGCAAAGGAUGGAGCGAUGCAGUCGUUGCUUUGUGGAACUUGAGAAAGUCAAGGCCUGCCUCCCCUCUCUAGUCAGGAGAGGUGGAUUGGUGGCUAAGUCUGCAACAGAACUCAAUCUAUCAUUCCAAGAAGUUUCCUGAUAUAGUAACCCAGAGAUGGAGUUCACAUCCAAAAAAAUCUUCCUGUCCCGUGGGAGAACUUGAUGUCUUGUCUUGUCUUGUCCUGUAGGAGGGAGGAUUUCUAACAAGUUAACAACAACUGAAAGCUGACACAACUGAAUUAACCAGAAAGAGUUUGAAGGCUAACCCACGUGGGCCAAAACUGUUCUGCCUCCUCGUCUCCGGUUAACUAACUUGGUGUUGUAGAGCUUUGUAUUUGUUUUUAGCUAUUCUUUUCUUUUCUUUUUUAUGGAUACCAAAAAUUCUGUUUUUUUUUUUUUUUUU